CGCGCCUGGUAACACUAUUUGACAGUCAUAACUGCCUUGAUCUUAACUUUUAUAUAUAUUUUACAGUAAAUACUGAAAACAGGAGGAAAAGUCGAGGAUUUUGAAUUGCAAGAAGGGACAAUGCAAUCCACUAGCCUUUUUCUGGCUGUAAUUUUCCUUAUAAGCUUGGCCCAAAUCGAUGGCCUCCUGCGCCGCUGCUACCAGUGCCGAUCCCGCGGCGAGUUGGGCAGCUGCAAGGAUCCGUUCAGCUUCAAUGCCACGGAUGUGGAGCAGGAGCCGGGCCUGGCGGCCAUUCCCUGCGCCAGCGGCUGGUGCGGCAAGGUGAUUGAGGGCGGCGGCACCUAUGCCAUCGACGACUACGACCUGGCCAUCCAGCGGAUGUGCGUGCAGCGCGGUCCGGAUGACAACAUGGACCGCUGUGCGGACACCAUCUACAACUACAAGAAGGUCUACAUGUGCUUCUGCCAGGGCGACCUGUGCAACGGGGCGAGGAGCUGGUCCAGUCCACCUCCGAUCCUUCUGAUCCUAAUCCUGCCCCUGCUCGCAUCGAUGCUUGCUAUAGAUUUGUUAUAGUUUUUGCUUACUGUUGUCGGAGCACUCACAUACACUGCCAAAAUAAUAAAAAUAAUUGGAAAAAUAAAAUAACAUAUUAGGAUACUCGACUUAAUUUUAAG